AUGAAGGCAAGCCUCACUACUUUUUUCAUCUUGAUUAUCAUGAGCUCUUCGCCCCGAAACGCUAUUUCUGCAGGACACCGAUCAUCGGCGAAUGGUUUAUCAUGCUCGAUGACCCAGCAUAAGUUAAAAUCGUAUCCAAAAGCCUCAGGCUUUAACAAGGAGAUUAACAUCAAGGCUGGUGAAACGUUUGACGUUGCUCUGCAUGAGGGCGGGGAGGAAGUUGGGUUUACUGAGUUUCGAGAGCACCCCUAUUGCGAGGUGUAUCAUGUACGGUUACGGAUGUCAGAAGCCGUUCGAGGAACCGUCGCUCUUCCGGCGGGAGAAGACGCCAUUUUGUGAACAUUGUUUCAGCAUACUUCUGAGGAAUGAUAUUUAGCUUGGCCUUUCUUUUCUUGAGUGCACCGGGUCUUAUCUGGUUGAUUAGAAUAUUGUAUUUGCAUUUAUUCAUUUAU